AUGUCAAUCACCAUCCAGGCGACGCAGAUUCCCCAUCUCGGGGGCAUCACAGCCAACUACGCCUUUGCAAAUGGCACUCACGAUCCUAGCAAGCCAACAUGUGUCUUGAUCACAGCAAUGAGCAUGAAUAUACAGCUCUUUAAGGACCAGUUCAAUGAUGCGAAGCUCACGGAUGCCAUGAAUCUGCUCGCGAUCGAACCUCUGGGUCACGGAGGGACGACCUGUGCUUCUGAGCAUUUUACAUACUGGGAUUCAGCUCAGACCGCAUUGCAGGUUAUCGACAAACUUGGAAUUCAGAAAGUGUUUGCGCUUGGGGUUAGUCAGGGUGGCUGGAUUGUGACACGCAUGGCACUUUUGGCUCCAGAUAAGAUCCUUGGCCUCAUGCUCCUCGGAACCUCACUCGAUUCAGAAUCACCAGAAUCUCGCGAUCUGGGCUCUUGGAAUCCUUCUCAGUUGUUACUUCCAUUCUAUGACGGCUGGUCAGCACAAAAGGAAACACCGGGUUUCGUUAUUGACGAUGCCUGGUGUGGAGCAUUCGCUGGUGUCGGUGGCUUCGGACCCAACAUCACUCCGGAAACAGUCGAGUUUUGGACUAAGAACUUCAAAGAUACAUACAAAGGGGAUGAAAGCCGGAAGAAGGUCAGAAUGGCACUCAUCUGCCUUCUAGAGCGGGAUGGACUGCUCCUCCGUGUCAAGGACAUUGCUUGCCCGGUUCAUUGGUUGCAGGGCACCGAUGAUUAUAUCUUCGGGACUAAGCUUCCAGCGGAUCAUAUUACGCGCCUUACUUCUGCAAAGGAGACAGAAUUGACGAUUGUACCAGGUGGCGCACAUUACCUGAACACAUCAAGUCCAGGAGAGGUAAAUGCGGCGUUGUUGGCUUUUGUAACUAAGCACUAUACGGCAUGA